AUGACGUAUAAAAAAAUCAUUUACGUUUCGAGUCUUCACGUAAAUAUAACUUUGUUGUAAAAAUGUUGUGUUUUGUUAUGUUAAAAUCUGUGUGGAAUGAAAAUGUGCAAAACCAAGAAUAAUAUUUUACCUUUGCCCACCAAGCAUUAAUAAAAUGCUGGAACAUAACAUCUUAUUAGUGACUAGAAGAGAAAGUGCCUCGUAUAGUAAAUAACGGGUCGAUAUGAAUAUGUCUGUCUCAGAUUUAUCAGUCGGAUGUCGUUUUGCGGAUUAUUUUGCUAUAUGUGGGCUAGAUUUUGAUUCUGGCUUGGAACCUGACAGGCUUUGUGGCGACAAUUUGCAUGUAUCUCCUUUGGACCGCUCAUAUAAAGGGAAAAUAUUAGCUCACUACCCUGACAAUGUUCAAAGCAAUCCAUUUGACGAACAUGCUGUUUGUAUGUUAUGCCUGCCUGCUGGUCUCCAGUUCAGGACACAGAAACAUUCACUCGAGCCAAAGUUCCAUAGUUUUGUUGUGACCAGAGAGAACGCUUCCCGCUACUAUGGGUUUAGUCUUAUCUUCUAUGAGGAAGUUAGGAACAGAAAUAUCUGCAGUGCCAUGCAUACUUUACAGGCAAUGUAUAUCACCGAGUUAUCUAGUGGACAGACCCCACCCGGCCACAGAAAAAACACUGGAAAAGAGAGCUCUCGAUCCUUGCCCAGGUCCUUCAAGCUGGCUCCACACUCGGGCGCCGCGCUCACCUACUACGAUGUAACCAAAGAUAAACUUUAUGUAGCCAAAAGUAUAGCUCUAAUAUGCCAAUACCCAUAUGUGAGGGUAGCGCAGUUGUUUUUAGAGAAUUUAUAUAGAUCAUUGCCUAGACAGCCCGGACCGGGCCUUAGUCCGGAGUCGUAUGUUUACAACCUUCUGUAUGAAGUGCCCGUGCCCUUGCCCGGACAGGCCCUGCGCCUGUAUCUGCCACCGGCUGAACCUCACUUAGAACCGGUGCCUGUUGUGAUACGAAUGCCAAAUUUACCCGAAGAGCUACCAUUGCUCGACUACCCGCUUCGGGUGAUGUUCUCUAGUUUAGGAGUAGAAUGUGUGGUUCAGCUGUUCACAUGCGUGCUGCUAGAGCACCAGGUGCUCAUUAGAUCCAGUGACUACAGUAAGCUGAUGCUGGUGGCGGAGUGCAUGGUGUCUCUGCUGCUGCCGUUCGCGUGGGCGCACGUGUACGUGCCCAUCCUGCCUGCGCCCCUCUACCACUUCCUCGACGCGCCGGUGCCGUUCGUCAUGGGUCUUCACGCGGACAGCGCGGCCGUCAGCGGCGCGCGAAACAUCGCGCUCGGCUCCGAGGCGGCCUUGUGUCUAGUCGACAUCGACAAACCCGACAUACAGCUGCCCGAGGAGCUGCCCGUCUUCCCGCACCGGACGGCCUUCAUAGAGGAGCUCGACCACAUCCUGGACAAACAUCAGAUCCAAAGACCUGAAACGGAACCCACGAAACUCGGCGCGCCAAUAAACGGGACUUCAUACAAACACAUGAGUGACAUGAGCAACAGCUGCACUCUACCAUCGGGCGGUCUUCGUCGCAAGCAUUCAUUUAACGACGUGCUAGAGUGGGACGAGAGUAGGCCGCUGAACGCGUCUCCGCCCGGCUCCCCGACGCGACGCGCGCCGCGCCGCCUCGACGCGCUGCAGCGGAUUGUCGACAUCGUGAAGCGGACGGGCGUAAACAUAGAGCAAGUGGACGCCGACAGCGUGAUGCCGGUGGCGAAGCGGGGGCCGCUCAACGACGAGGAGCAGUACAACGAGGACGCGCGCCUCAACAGCGCCGUCCGCGAGUGCUUCCUCAACAGAUUCGUGAACAUGUUCCUCGCGUACGAGAACUUCAUCAUCCAGCCCGACCAGGAUCGCGACGCAUGGUUGUCGACGCGAGAGUCGAUGGUGAACUUCGACAAGGCGUCGUUCCUGUCCGACCAGCCGCAGCGGCACCGCGCCUUCCUGUCGCGCUUCCUCGAGACGCAGAUGUUCGCCUCCUUCGUCGACAACAAGAUCAUGGCCGGCUGGGGCGAGUACGACGCCAACCUGCAGGCGUUCGACCAUCGCGUCGCCAUCACGAGACGUCGGGUGGGCGAGUCGGGGCCGGCGCGCGGCUACAGCGUGUGGGCGGGGGGUGCGGGGUGUGCGGCGGGUGCGGGGUGUGCCGCGGGUGCGGCGGGUGCGGGGGGGGCGGAGCUGGAGGUGGGCGCGGCCUCGGAGCGCCUGCCGCACCGCGCCGCCUACUACCGCGCCUUCCCCGCGCGCCUCGACCCCGUCGCGCUCGCGCCGCCGCCGCACGGCGAGCGCAGAACCAAUAGUUUGAAGCGCAUAAAGAACGCAAAGUGGCAAGUGAAGGAUUGCGCGCCAGAAAUGUUGCUCGGGGACAUCGGUAGGAGGCUCUCCACCGAGGUCACGAGCGCCGCUAUAUCUCAAAACCACAAAGCUUUCGUCGAUAAACUUUUAAAGGAAUGCAAAAGCAAGACAAAGCGUAUGUUAGUAGAGAAAAUGGGCACGGAAGAGACCGACCUCGGUCUCGGCAGUGAAGUAUCCAUCACGGGAGUGGAAGAGAGCACAAUGAUCUCGUCGCUCUGCGAUCUGCUGGAGCGGCUGUGGUCGCACGGCGUCCAGCACAAGAUGGGGAAGUCUGCGCUUUGGAUGCACCUCACCAACUAUCAGGAGUUGGAGCAGUGCAGCAACUCCACGAAACCCAUAGACCCUAACUGUCUCACGCCUGAUUUAUCGUCAGUGGGGGCGGAGGUGGAGGCUUGCGGCGGGUCGGGCUCGCCCGUCGGCGGCUCGCGGGACGGCUCGCGGGACCGGCUCGGCGGUUCGCGGGACGGCUCGCGGGACCGGCUCGGCGGCUCGCGGGACCGGGUCGGUGGCUCGCGGGACGGCUCGCGGGACCGGCUCGGCGACCAGGGCACGCUCGAGCGCAGCUGCUCCCAGCCGCCCAACCCGCUGCGCCCGCUGCCCGAGACCCUCACUUUCGAUAUGAGAAAUAUCCAAGCUAUGACCGACAUAAAAACCGAGAUAGGUUACGCCCGCGCAUGGGUCCGCCUCUCGCUAGAGAAAAAACUGCUCUCCAAGCACCUGCGAGAGCUCCUCGCCGACACCACGCUGCUGAGGUCGCAAUACAAGAAGACGGCCUUCUUGAGAUGCGAGGAAGAGAGGGAACAGUUCCUGUAUCAUCUGUUGACCUUGAACGCUGUCGAUUACUUCUGUUUCACUAAUACCUAUCCUACCACUAAACUGCCGUACCGGGUGCUGAUAGUGCCGUCCCGCAAGGCCAGCCAGACGACGGCCAACUGUUGGAUCGCAAUAUCGGGCGUCCACGGAGACUCCACCCCCAAGAUACCGAUACCGCGCAACACGAACGAAUUCGUCUUUCAUCAUAAAAACUUGGGCGUGUUAUCGACGCUACGCAUCGGCCACGACAACUCCGGACUCUCGCCGCGGUGGCUUCUCGAACAAGUUUACGUCAGAAACGAAGUCACGGGACAUACCUACACGUUCCCGUGCCACCGCUGGCUGGGCUCGGGCGUGGACGACGGCUCCACGGAGCGGCUGCUGGUGGCGGCGCGCAUGCGCGUGGGCCGCACGCCCGCCCCGCGCACGCCCGCCCCGCACCCGCCCCCGCCCCCCACCCACCUCUCCACCUCCACCAUCCAGCACAUGAUCGGUGACUGCGUGAACGCGAUAGUGAAAUGGCACUAUCAGUCGAAAAGAGACAAGGACGCGAACUCACUCAGUGUUUUGCUGUGCGGGGAAAAUGGGCUCGUCAAGUGCUUGGAGCAAGCCUUCCUCUGCGGGUUCAAGUCCAGCCGCCUCUUCGGCAAGAACUUCUUCAUUUGGGAUUAUUUUGCGAAAGUGAAGGACGAGUUCAAGAUGAGCCUCUGCGACGAGCCGAGCCCCCAGGCGCAGGCUCGCGCGUGCGGAGUCGCGUACAACUGCCGCCAGGACCAGGAGCACCGCGCCAUCUGGCGCUGCUACUGCCAUCUCAUGGACGAGAUCAGCUCCGUCGGCCGCACGCUGGGCAAGGACGGCAAGUUCCAGCUCUUCAUCUGUCUGAGCCUGAGGGAGCACUGGCUGCACAGGAUGCUGCUGCCCAUGUCGCUGACGCGCGCGACCGCGGACAUGUACGAGGAGCAGAGCUUCCUGCGCAAGCGCGGCCUGCUCACCUUCCUGCGCCAGAUACUCGAGCCACUCGACGAGUUCGACAUCGUGCUGGAGAAUUCUCUCACGCAAGGUAUUUGAGCAGUGAAACUCAUGGUUACGCUCUUGGUAAUUUAAGCAGUGAAACUCCUGGUUACGCUCUUGGUUAUUUAAGCAGUGAGACUCCUGGUUAUGCUCUUGGAUACUUAAGCAGUGAAACUCUUGCUUAUGCUCUUGGUUAUUUAAGCAGUGAAACUCCUGGUUAUGCUCUUGGUUAUUUAAGCAGUGAAACUCCUGGUUAUGCUCUUGGUUACUAAAGCAGUGAAACUCUUGCUUAUGCUCAUGGUUAUUUAAGCAGUGACUCCUGGGUAUGCUCUUGGUUAUUUAAGCAGUGAAACUCCUGGUUAUGCUCUUGGUUAUUUAAGCAGUGAAACUCCUGGUUAUGCUCUUGGUUAUUUAAGCAGUGAAACUCCUGGUUAUGCUCUUGGUUAUUUAAGCAGUGAAACUCCUGGUUAUGCUCUUGGUUAUUUAAGCAGUGAAACUCUUGGUUACGCUCUUGGUUAUUUAAGCAGUGAAACUCCUGGUUAUGCUCUUGGUUAUUUACAGUGGUACUUAUUUUGUAGUUGGGUAUAUGUAUUUGUUUGUAGCCGCCGUGCAGGUCUCGGCGACUCAAAUAAAAAGACUUCGAUCUGAAGUAAACUGAUAUAAUCUUCAAUAGGUACUGGUUACAGAGGUACAAUUAAACUAGGUUCUAGACUAGUAGUUGAAUAGGUACUGGGUACAGAGGAAAAAUUAAAAUCAAAGAGGAAGCAGAAACGAUCGAUCGUAAAUACUUUAGAAAUCGUGGACUGACAUUGGUUUCCAGGGGCGUAGCUAGAGGAUAUGGCGCCCGGGGCAGUGACCAAAUUUGCGCCCCCUGACGACUGACAAAAGUUUCCCUGCUGCUGCCUUUUGCCCAUUUUGACGCCCCCCCCUGCCCCUCCCCCCCUAGAUACGCCACUGUUGGUUUCUCAUCAAUGGCGGCAAGGUAUAAAUUCAUCAUGAAUUUUUUUGCUGAUAGAAUCAUUCAAUUAUUGAUACGCAUCAAAUACAAUAUAUAAUACUUUCAGUGCCAAGCGCCCCGUAUUAAAUACAAAAAGAGCACAGUGAAUAUGUUAAAAUACGCACAUUUUUAUAAACUAUUGUAAGUAUAGUGUCAAGUGUCAUAUUAUAUGCGACCAUCCAGACAUUUGACGCCGGUACAUAACACAAAUUUUUCUGUAAGUAUUUUUUACUGUGUAGCUAUUAAGUUAUUAUUUAAUAUGCCACUCAAAAUACUCGGGACAGGACACUACGAAAUUUAUGUUAGUUUUAGGUAUGAUUUUAACAUAAUAUUAAGUUUAAAUGUGAUUUAUAUCUUUAUUAUGUCUUGCCAGUUGAACCCAAAGAUUAUUUUUAUGGUGCUUAUGAUAGUUAAGUUAAUUUUGUUUUUUUUAUACUCCACAAUUUAUAAAUUACUAUUAUGAUUAUGAUAUAUACCUACCAUAGCCACAAUUAGAGUACUUUUUAUUAUAGUUGUAUCAUAUUCUGACGUUACAUGUAUUAUGUAAUGCAUGCUUUUUGUUAUAAACGUGCCACUAUGCCAUGUAGUCACGAUCUAAUGUUACAAUUGUGUUUGGACGCGUUAUACACAAACUGGUGUCCAGAAUUAGCCUCAUGCAUGAAGUUUAUAUUUGAACGAAAUAUGUUUUAUUCGGAUGUUUGUUACCGUUAUAUCAUGUUACAAAUGCAUUUCCGUUUUUAAAUUACCAUUUAAUUACUUAAAAUUAUAAAUAAAAAGCACAAAAGUUUGCCCGCGAAAAGCUAGUGAGCGAAACGCUCGAAACGCCACGUGACGUCACGCGUUCGACAGAUUAGUGUCAUUAGUAGCAAACGUCAGUUGGGCCGCCCAACUUGUGACGUCAUCACGCUCUGUCGAAUUCGCGCCAAAAAUUAUGAGCGUUUCAACCGCUCAAAAUUUUUCAACAUUUUAAAUAUUUUUUAAUAAAAUAAUGUUAAGGUUUACAAAAGUAUUUUUAUCAUUUCCGGUGUUCCAACGAUAUAAAUUAUGAAUCCAAAAAUAAAAAUAAAUUCAUGCAUGGAGCUAAUUGGAGUGAACUGACGUUUCCUGGCGUGUAAUAAGAUUACCGCGUCGCACCAUCAACUUUUUAUAGCGUAAUAUUAAAUUACGAUACAAGUGCGCACAGUAGGAAAUUCGCUACGAGUGGCGAUCCAUUAAAACACGACCGAAGGGAGUUAAAGUCAAAUAGAAACGAGUUGCGAAUCAGCCAGCUAGGAUUAUGAGCCUAAAGGCGGUUCCACAUUACGAGCAAGUGUGUUGAAAGGUUACUUUUAUUUACUUGGCAUGCGUUCUCAUUCAUAUUUUUGUUAAAAAAUAUGAUUGAAUCAUAUUUUAUGUUAAAAUGCAGUCAGAUUACUGUGCCUAUAUAAUUCUGGACAUGAGUGAAGUUUAGAUUAAGAUAUAUUGCAAAGGCGAACGAAGCCUACGCAUCUCGCACGAAGAAUCGACAUGUGGACUGAAUUGUAUAUCAUUAUAAUACUUAUUCAAUGAGGUAUUUGUUCCUUACAGUACAGGCGCCAUUAGAUAUAUCGGAGCGUCCAAGGCGCUCAUAACUAUCUGAAUACGCCUCUAUUGUCAAGGCGUUAGGCUGUUCAGAUAUUUUUGAGUACCUUGGCCGCUCCGAUAUAUCUGAUAGCGACUGUACUAGUGUACUGUAAUCUAAAGUUGUACAUUCGCAUGCAUUUAAAUCUUAAAUUGGCAACUGGAAUCGGGAGGCCCAUGAUUACCUUUGACCAUCUUUUUGCAUUUUUAACAGUGAGGUUAGCACAGGAGCGCCGUAGACUACCCGUCUUUUUCUAACUGUAUUAAUUAGAGGGAAGGCGAGAUACUGUCGCGGCACUUCCGUGUUAAGCCUACUGUAUCCCUAACAUUAUUGAGCUCCAAGGGGGCUUGAACACACAGCCAUCAGAGUUUUUGGCCAAUUGAAGGGUAAAAGAAAUGUGUGUCUCAAAAAUGUUUAGAUCUGGUUUACGAAUCUUGUAGCGAGGGUUUAUUUCCUUUUUUUUAUGUAUGACAAUUUCUAUCUAGUUACUAUAUUGUAAUAGUCGAAGUGGAUAAUUAAGGGGCCCACUGAUUAUCAGUCCGCCGGACGAUAUCAGCAUGUCAGUAAGAACGAAAAUUUUACAGUUCCCAACAACUGACAGGCCGAUAUCGUUCGGCGGACUGGUAAUGGGUGGGCCCCUUUAAUUACAAAUCUGGUGUUAACUACAAUGCGCUUCUUUCCUCGCUCUGGUUCUUUCCUUGUCCAAAAGAUAUCUCUGGCCAUUCAGCGAGGUAAUGCCGCCAGUAUUUUUGGCACAUUUGGUUCGAGGGAUAAUCAGAGUGGGGGUAAUAUUGUAUUUGUUGUCAUUUAGUUUUACUUUUUCGUAGGUUUAUUUUAAGACACUUAUUGUACCCUUUUUCUGCAAAUAAAAUUAAUACAAUGCUUAAAAGUACUUAGAUUUAAAUUAGAUGAUUGAUUAAUGAUUGAGGUCAAUAUGGUUAAGACCGAAUUUAUUGUUGGGUAGACGCGCAUAGGGUAAGGACUCUCGUUCUUGUAUCCGUAAGUACGUCGUUCAGACAAAGUCACAAAGGAAGAGAUUCGCUUUUGCUUCACCAUCUGUAAGUGAAGUAUCAGGGCAAUUCAAGUUUUAGUUUGAUACUCGAUAUGUUUCCGAUAUGAUACUGAUCUGUUUUUGGUCGGAGGAAUGUCACUUUUAACACUGACAAUUCAGUAUCAUUUCGGAAACAUAUCGAACUAAAACUCGGGCUUCCAGUUUCGAGCGCCAUCUUGAUAAAUAGCCUCGUGAUUAAUUCCUUUGUAUUUUGCUCAUUAAUAUUGUUUAAAGUGUAAUAUCGAUAGUUUAUUAUACAGUAAACUAAUGUGGUAGUGUGCAGUGAAUGGAGAAUUAAUCUUGAAGCGCGUUUAACCACCAAAGUCAAAGUCAAUACAAUUUUGGAGUCAACAGCCGGUAGCCCACGUGCUUCUUUUACUAACCGUACAAUUUUAAUCAUAAGUAUUUAAACUUUAAAAGCUCCUAAGACUUUGAUACUGGCUAAAUAGUCCCACUGGACUGAAACUAUAAUUUUAAAAGAAUCAGCGAUUGACCUGAUGUGUAUAGACGCGAGUGAAAAGCGACGAAACAGUUUUUAGACGGUCUUCCCUCAUGCACGGUCUUCUCCACAUUGACCUUACUGCAAAAUGAACAUUAUAGUUUCUUCAUAUAUAAUGGAAGGCACUAAAAUAGAUAACUUUGAAAAUUUAAAAAGAUUACAUUGUAAGGUAACAUUUAACCCUCCAUAGCGUCUAGUGUCUUUAGUUAGUACUUGAAUUUUUUUAGUGCUAAUUCUCUUGAAGUUGUAGGUUAUUGUGUUAGUUAUUUUUAAAAGCAGGGUUUUCUUAUAAAUUUGUUUAUAAGCAAUCUCUUAUGAUAUUAAUUAUAUAAGUAGCAAACCAAAGCAAAAGGGUGACAUUAUACUAUUGCUGAUUUAAGUAGAAUAGACAGCUACAUGGCUAGAAAAAAGAAACUUAAUCGACUUGUGUGGAUUAGUUAGAGUAGAUUGUAUAUAUAUUGCUUUCAAAAUAGAAAAAAAAACUGGCCAAGUGCGAGUCGGACUCGCGCACGAAGGGUUCCGUGCCAUUACGGAAAAAAAAACAGCAAAAAAAUCACGUUUGUUGUAUGGGAGCCCCAUUUAAAUAUUUAUAUUAUUCUGUUUUUAGUAUUUGUUGUUAUAGCGGCAACAGAAAUACAUCAUCUGUGAAAAUUGUAACUGUCUAGCUAUCACGGUUCAUGAGAUACAGCUUGGUGACAGACAGACAGACGGACA